GUUGUCUAUUAAUAAUUAAGUUUUGGGAGAAUCAAAGUUAUACAUGAAUUUUUGACUGUGCUGGGCGUUUGCACCCCUAACCCUCACAUUGUUCAAGGGUCAACUAUGUAUCUAUAUAUUUAUCAAAAGAUAUAACUGUCAAUAUACAGUGAUAACACAAAGUAUGGAUCUUGCAUACUAGUUAGGAAUGAAUAGACCCUAAAUACAUAAAUGAAUAUUAAACAAAAAUAGAACCCUAGUCCCCUCAUGGUCCCAUUUCUGCUCCAACAAGAUCAAACUAUCAUGAACCAGGAAAAACUCACCAAACUGCCAGCCCAAGUGUGCAUUGGUGGGAAAGGAACUGCUUCCUGAAAGAAGGUGGUUCAUAGAAUGGCUACAGCAGAUGAUAAAAAGCUUCAGUUCUCCUUAAAGAAGUUAGGGGUAAACAACAGCUCUAAUAUUGAAGAAGUGAAUAUGCUCACAAACCAAAAAACAGAAAUCCACUUUCACAACCCGAAAGUUCGGGAAGCCCUGGCAGCGAGCACUUUCUCCAUUACAGGCCAUGCUGAGACAAAGCAGCUGACAGAAAUGCUACCCAGGAUCUUAAACCAACUUGGUGCAGACAGUCUGACUAGUUUAAGAAGACUGGCUGAAGCUCUGCCCACACAAUCUGUGGAUGGAAAAGCACCACUUGUUACCAGAGAGGAGGAGGAUGAUGAAGUUCCAGAUCUUGUAGAGGAUUUUGAUGAGGCUUCCAAGAAUGAAGCAAACCAAUGAAUUGAGCCAACUUCUGAAGAAGAUAAAACUCAAAGAAGUUACUGGGGGCUGCUAUUUUAUAUUAUGACUGCUUUUCAAGAUUUUGCUCAUGGAUCUCAUAAAAUUUAGAUUUUAUCUAUGUAAUAUUGAGAAUUCCAAUCCAUGAACUUGGAGUUUCUCUCCAUUAAUUUUAGUCUUCUUUAAUGACUCUAACAAAAUUUUAUAAUUUUCCCUGCAUAGAUCUUUCAUGUCUUUUGUCUGGAUAUUUGUUUCUCUGCCAUUGUUCUAGUGUGUUCCCUUCUUCUUCUUCUUUGUCUCCAUCUUCUUCCUCUUUAUCUUCUUCAGAAGGAAAAAAGAAAACAGAAAAAAUAAAUAUUUUUAAGGCCAAGUCCCUUGGACACUGCAGCUCUUUUCAGUGUUUUCUGAGACACAAUUCAUUCUUUGUCACUAAUUAAGCUGAAGAAA